AUGCCAGCUAUCUCCAGCCAUUUGGAUGAUCUGCCUGGUACAACGCUGAGGAAAGAUUAUGCCAAUGUCUCAGCUAUAGACAAGGUGGAUGAUGUUGUCAGAAGAAUGCUGUCUCUGGAAAUGGCAAGUCAGAGGGAAAAAGUGAAAAUGAAGAAAGAGCAGCUGGCAGCCAAAGUCCGCAGGAACCCAAAUGACUGUGGAUCUGCAGAGGUUCAAGUUGCCCACCUGACAGCCAUGAUCCGCACCCUCAAAGAACAUCUGCAUAUGCACCCCAAGGACAAGGUUAACCUUACCCGUAUGAUGAUAGCCAUUGACCGUCGGACUGUGUUGCUGAAAUACCUACGUAAUAACCACUAUGAUAUCUUUGAGAAUACAUGCAAGCAGUUGGAAAUUGAGUAUUCACCUCCUCCACAAUACCGGCGAAAAAUCACACGGCGCGCAGUUGUCAAGAAGGAACUUCGAGCCAUGGUCCAUAAAGAGAAGCAAAAACUAAGAGCUCUGGAAAGAUUGAAGCAAAUGGAAAAGCAAGAUGGAAUAAGGGAGCAAGCUCAGCCAAAGGAGGAGACCCCAGGCUGAACUAGGCAUACCUUCUGUCGAUGAGAGGAGAAGCUCAAACCAAGGAACAAAUUUUAAAGAUAAUAAAACAUUGGACACCAACUUUUCAUCUGCAUCUA